UUCCCGAUAAGCCCGGUGGUUUUGCUCGAAUGGGUAGGAACAACACCUUCAUCCUCUAAACUCUUCCCUUUUCUCUUUGCUGCUUCACUUCUCAGUUCUCACUUCUGAGUUUCAACCUCAACGCUUUUUCUUUUCAAUAUUCUCUCAAUUAAUUUUUCUCUUUUCAGAAUUUUCCUUCCCAUUUUCAACCCUAAAUUUGUCUCUUUUUUUUUUUGCUCAUCUUGUUUUUUUAUUGAAUUCGGCAAGCUCUGUUAAUGGUGGGUGUUUUAUAUUUUUUGUGGCAAAGGUACAACUACUGAUCUGUGAAGCUAAUUAAUCUUCUUCAAGGAGAUUUACAGAUCUAUUACUUUGGGAUUCUUGUUGGCAAAGAUCUGUGAGCAACCAAGUGGUGAAAAGUAAAAUGCAACAGAAAAGCAAGAAAAGGGAAGAAGAGAGACAAAAAAAGGAGAUAAAUAAAAUCUUUUAAGAGCUGACACCUGUAACUAUACCAAACAUUGUUUCAGUUGGUGGUGGUGGUUGUGGUGGUGAAGUUAGUGUCAGCCAUUUUUAGAGUAAUUGGAGCUUUAAAUGCAAACCAAACAUAAAAAAGAGAGAUAAAAAGAAAAAAAGGGCGUUGCUCGGAUCGGGAAGCCGUACGUAAUUAUUGCUUCUUCUUUAGCUUAAUUUCGAAGCAGACAAGCACAGAUCAAGUGGGUCUCUGUUGAUGUAUCAUGGCUGAGGCUGCCAUUGCAGGCUUUGCUUUUGGAGAGAGAGCCUUCUGCAAACUGCAAAAAGCUUAAACGAGUGAGAAACUGAGAAGGGGUUUUCUCUGUCCUGACUCGGACUGUGAUAUAUCGAAUCGCAAGUAAAGGCCUUUUUAUCACUGCACAGCCAAAGUACUCUUGUGAAUUAUCGUCAUCAAUGCAUAGGACACUGCAUCCCCACCUGCUGCACUUCUUAUAGCCUCUUUAUUUUUCUCUCUAGAAACCCACACCCUUUUUCAGCUCUCCUGCUCUGCAUAACAAGUACACGAGAUGAGGAGAGCUGGCUAGCAAGAAGGAACUGGAGAGGGAAUAAGUAUUUUGGGGUGUUGGUUCUUGUGUUCUUGUGUUGACAAAGGAAUGAAAGUGCUAUGGAGGUGGAAGAGAUUCAGACACAACCAAGUAAGUUCUCUAGAGUCGGUAAUGGAAGAAGUGAAACUAGCAAAAUAGGCCAAAAGGGAAGUGGUGACCAUCAAUACCCAGAUGACGAAGAAGAAGAGGAGCUCAAAAGGCCUAAUCUUGGCUGUGGAAGUAUUGGUGGUGCCGGAGACGAUGCCGGAAGCGCCAAUAGGCUUCGCGGGUGGCACCAUUCGUCACGCAUAAUUAGGGUUUCUAGAGCUUCCGGGGGGAAAGAUCGACACAGCAAGGUAUGGACCUCAAAGGGGCUAAGGGACCGGAGGGUCCGGUUAUCGGUGAACACCGCAAUACAAUUCUACGAUCUCCAAGAUCGGUUAGGCUAUGACCAGCCGAGCAAAGCAGUGGAAUGGCUGAUUAAUGCAGCUGCAAAUGCAAUAAACAAGCUUCCUUCGCUAAAUGGUUCUUUCCCUGACACACCAAAGCAAUUAAACGAUGAGAAAAGAACAAGUGAUGCUACUGAACAAGGACUUGAUUCAGCUGAUGUGGAGCUGGACGACCCCAAUUUUAACCAGAACCAGAACCAGCAUCUUUCAUUGUCAAAAUCUGCUUGCAGUAGCACUUCAGACACAAGCAAAGGGUCAGGGCUAUCCCUGUCGAGGCCUGACAUUCGACGAAACCGUGACAAGGCUCGAGAGAGAGCAAGGGAGAGAGCAGCCAAGGAGAAGGAGAAAGAGAAUGAUUCACGCAUUGCGCAUCACCAGAAUAUGAAUCCCAUUUCUCAAAACUCUACAUUUACGGAGCUUUUAACUGCUGGAAUUAGUAGUGUAAGCAAUAAUGAUAACAACAACAAUAGCAACAAUAAUGGUGCUACUGCUAGUCCUUGUUCUGAGGCUAACUUGUUUCACAACAAGACUGCACCGUCCAGGCAGUGGCCUUUGACCCCAAUGGAUUACUUUGGCACAGGGCUUUUAGGGACUUCAUCGUCGAGGACAACCCACCAUCCAUCGGGGUUUUCAGGGCAAUUCCAGUUGGGGAAUUCAAUUCCUCCAACAAUGACAAUGUCGAUCCCUCCAUUCAAUUUCUCGGGGGAGAAUCACCAGGAGCAGUUGCAGCAUUUUCCUUUCGUUUCCGAUCAUUUGAUCCCAGUGGCCUCGACACAGCCGGGUCCCGGUGCGGACUAUAAUCUCAGCUUCACCAUUUCUUCAGGCCUUGCUGGUUUCAAUAGGGGGACCCUUCAGUCCAAUUCUUCAUCACCUUCUCUUUUUUCUCACCUCCAGAGGUUUUCGUCUUCUCCCAUAGACGGCUCAACAAAUGUACCUUUCUUCAUUGGUGCUGCUGGACCACCGCCACCACCAAUGGAGAAUCAUCACCACCAUCAUCAGUUCCCACCACCUGGGUUGCAGCUCUGCUACGGAGAUGGAAGCAGACAUUCUGAACAGAAAGGCAAAGGGAAGAACUGAUCACUGCUUGGAAGCAUUCCAUCUUCAUCCUGGUAAGCGAAGAUGGAGAACUAUAAAGCAGCAAGCCACAAGGAAAUGCAUAUGGCUUCCUAGCUAGAAUUGGGUGAUAUAUAUAUAUAUAUAAUAUAAUAUCCUGUGGAAGUGUUGGUUUUGAGCUUUACCCAUUUUUCUAGUUUUUCAGGUUGCAUUCUCAUAUGACAGGAUGCAUAUUAUGUAAGCGUGCAAAGCAAUUGUGUGUUUUUUGAAGAAACAUGUAAAACAAAUUCAUCCAAGUAAUUCUUUUCUCUGUUGCUAUGAUUA